UGAAUCUGCUCGUUAUAUAUAGUUUUUUCGUGAUUGCGGCAUCCUUAGGGUAUGCCGCUAGGAUUUUGGGCAUCUUUCCAAUUCCAUCCUACAGCCAUCAAAUAGUUUACCUUCCUAUCAUGAAAGAAUUAGCAAAUAGAGGUCAUGAGGUUGUUAUAAUAACCACUGACCCGAUGAAAGAGAAGAUACAAAAUUUGAAAGAGAUUGACGUGAGUUUUGCCUACAAAGUGUAUAAGAAGCAUAACACGUCAAAGAUUAUCAACGAGAAUAAUAGAAAUCCUUUCAAAUUAAUUAAUGAUUUUAUGCGUGUGAUGAGUGAUACUGCCAUACAAGAAUUGGAACAUACGGAAGUGCAUAAAAUAAUAAAUAAUGAAAACGAACAUUUCGAUCUACUAAUGGUCGAGUAUAUGAUACCAACCUUCUUGGCGUUCAAGCAUCGAUUCAACUGUUCGAUGAUUGGUUUAACAUCUUUGGAUUCUUCUUACCAUGGUCACGUCGCAGUCGGAAAUCCAGUUCACGCCGUUCUAUAUCCCGAGGUUGCUAUGCCUCUCCAAACACAACAUUUAAGUUUCUUUGAGAGGUUACAAAGUUUCAUAUUUGUGCAAUUUACAAACUUUUACAUCGAAUACAUAAGUAAUCCAAAUAUGGAGGCGACAAUAGCCAAGUAUUUUGGCAAGAACUAUCCUUCUCUACCGGUGCUUGUAGCUUCAAUCGAUAUGCUUUUCAUAAACGUCAAUCAUAUUUUACACUCUAUAAGACCAUUGACACCAGCCACCGUUGCCAUUGGUCCAUUCAUCCACAUAAAACCACCCAGGGAUUUACCAAAAGAUUUGAAAGUAUUUCUGGAUGAAGCGAAAGAAGGAGUUAUUUAUUUUAGCUUGGGCUCGAACGUUAAAAGCAAAGACAUAGCGCCGGAAACGCGUGAAAUUAUUAUGAAAACAUUUGGAAAACUUCCGUACAAAAUCCUUUGGAAAUUCGAGUCCGAAAGUUUACCUGGAAAACCCAACAACGUGAAAAUCCUUAAAUGGGUACCGCAGCAGGAUGUCUUAAGACAUAAAAACAUUAAAUUAUUUAUCAGUCAAUGUGGAUUGCAAUCUUCAGAGGAGGGCGUCUACAAUCAAGUACCUAUUCUCGGUCUGCCUUUCUUUGCGGAUCAAAUAAGCAAUGCCUACAAAUUAGAAUUAAAUGGAUUAGGAUUAUCAUUGAAUUACAAAGAAUUGACUAUCGAAAAAUUUACAUUAAGCAUCAACGAACUAAUUAAUAAUACGAAGUAUAAAAAAAGAAUUACGAAGAUUUCAAAUUUGCUUAAAGAUGAGCCAAUGUCGGGUUUAGAGAGAGCUGUUUGGUGGACAGAGUACGUUUUGAGAAACAAAGGAGCGCAACACUUGAAGGGCCCCGCCGUUGAUAUUCCUACAUAUCAAUAUUACUACUUAGAUAUAAUUACUUUCUUAGCAUUUAUACUAGUUAUACUAAUUUCAGUUAUUUACUUAUCUGUCAGGAAAUGCUACAAAUUUGUCUCAAAGAAGAUUAAGCGCGAUUAAUGUAAUGUAAUGUAAUAGUUCAUUUG